UAGCUAUGGCAACGCCUCCCAGGGCUGUCCAGAGUAAAGCUAGCUUAACUUAGUUUUCGGUUUUGUUGUUUGUUUUUUUGCUUCAGGAACAAUGAACUCUAAAACGUCCAAAGCUUCUCGUAGAGUCCACUUCAGGACUUCACGGGACAGGAAAGUUUUUGCACCGGUCAGGCUGAGAAACGAGCUAAAACGAGACGAAAUGCCGCAUCUCGGACCCGGUUGCUAUGACAACCACCAGUUUGACACCAUCGUUUACAAUUUACAAAAGCGACCUGAGAGUAAAAAGGGAUACGCCCUCUCUGCCAGGACCGCUGCUCGCUUUCCUCCUAACAAGAUGAUGGAGACGCCUUGGCCUCAGCAGUACCAGCAGGAUUCAAACUGGUCCAGACUUCCUCCUCCUGGCAGAGCACCGUUCGGUUCAACCGCGCCCAGAUUCACAUCACAUACCGACGACUGCAGCCCGGGCCCUGGGACGUACAGCUGGGAUGGAGUAACAAACCGGAAGGUGAGCUGGCCCAUGUGCUUCGGGAGACCGGACUGGUCCAGACUGCCCAGGCUGGAACAGGGAGCUUCCAGGGUGAAGUUGCCGAGCUACAGAGAGUUUGUGAAGUACCGCAGCAGACUGGUCUAUCUGAGCUUGUAUUACUAACUCUAAAGCUGAAGGAUGGAGGUACAUCACCACACAGACCCACAUGGAGUGCUCGGAUUUUACUGAUUCUUCGCCAUCAUAACAACAGCUGCAGAGAUUCUCACCAAAGACUGGAUAAUGUCAGAAUG